AUGGCAGACGACGCAGUGGCAGACGAUUAUGUGGAGGAAGAACUCGAAGAAGUCUGCAAGGUGUAUGACAGUGAUGACUUCUUCACCAUUGCUGUGCAACUAGUACUUGCGAUUGCAGCGUUGCUGUCGCUGUGGUUCAAGCGACACUUUGAGCGACCGAGGCGGAAAUUUCGAACCUGGAUGUUGGACGUGUCGAAACAAGGCCUUGGCGCGUGUUAUGCACACGUCUGCAACAUGUUUAUUGCGGCAGUCAUCAUUGAGAAUGUUGCGGCUGGUGGAACAUUGAAUGAUCAAUGCGCGUGGUAUGGCAUCUGUUAUUUGGUGGAUACCACUCUGGGGCUAGUGCUGGCUGUGUGGUUCUUGAAGGUGAUCGAUAUUUUGGCAAAUCGUUACGAUUGGGCAUCAUUGAAACACAAUGGUGUGUAUGAAGGCCCUGGGGGGCUAAUCCAUUGGUUCAAUCAAGUUUUAGUCUGGAUCAUCAUUCAAUCGAUUGCCAAGGUUAUCAUCUACUACACCAUGGUAUUCUUUGCAGAGCCACUAGCAUUCUUUGGAGGCAUACUUUUUGAACCAUUUCAAGUCAAUAUCAGAUUCGAAUUGUUAUUCGUCAUGAUCUUCUUUCCCGGUUUCUUGAACGUCAUUUACUUUUGGAUCGCAGACCAUUUCCUCAAGGCUGAUGCCGGGCAUGCUUCUGCGCAUGAAGAUGAUCCGGAUGGUACAGCAAUCGACAACGAUGGGAAAAAUGAAAAUCUGUUGGCUGAAGAAGAAAAGCAAGAAGAUCCUGAAUACAAUUCCACACCAAGUUGGACGAACACUCGCAUGGUAUGA